AUGACUGUGAAGAAGAUUUCAGAUGAGAUGGUGCAUGAAACGAUAUCACCACAGCCACUGACGGUGGUGCUCAACCUACCACCAUUGUUGGAGCCAUUGGACUUGAAAUUCUAUGUGAGGGCAGAGAAGUUGUUGUGCUGCAACCAUGAAUUAGGAAGGCUGAUGCAAGCUGGAGAAACCCUAGAGGGCCUUGCAGGGUCGAAUUGGGUUGGUAUUCAUACUGAUUCAUCAUCUGCACCAUUCAUUCUUUUUGGCGUGCAUUAUAAAUGUGAGUCUCUUAAAAAUUCAGUAAUUGAUAACUAUAAAUUCCAUCAUGGUUUCGGGAAAGCUUAUACUGACAGCUGGGAAUUUGCCAAGUCCAGUACUGUGAGCAGAAGCAUGGUGAAACCCAGGGAAUGGAAAAACCAUGAAUGUCUUCUUCCUUCUGAGCACUAUCCGUGGGUUGUCUAUUAUGGUAAACAGCAUAGCAUCCAAACCUUUUGCUCAUUGUCGCAUCCCCACGAGAUCUUCCAUAAGAGCAUCCCUGAGCUUUGUGGGGUUACAAAAACUGUGGCUUACUGUUCUGGCUGGUUGGUUCUAUGUAAAGGAGAGACUCACUACUCUAUUUGGAAUCCCACCGACUCCAAUUUAAUCCUUCUACCCCCGCUCUCCUUAAAGCCCGAUCAAGCGCUACAUUGUUGCACUGUGUCAUCACCACCUGGUGACCCCAAUUGCGCGAUCAUGUUGUUUGAUGCAACUAAUCUAUCUCUGAUUUUCAUUCGACCAGAAGCUGAACAGAAGGAGUGGGUUGAGAUCCCUUAUGGUCAGCUAAUCAGUGAUAUGGGAAUGGAUAAUGAUGACAGCUUCUUUUUGGAAGAUUGUUUGUGCUGCAAUGGUAAAAUAUAUUCUUUGCCAUCUAAUAUGUCUUCUAAUCUAGCAACUAUCAAGGUGGACAAAGAUGACCAACUAGUUAUAGAAUCUUUAUCAUGCAAAGGACCAAGUUUCAGCACAUACACAAAGCAUAUUGGACGUUUUCUCGCUGAAUCACGUGGGGAACUUUUCUGUAUCUACAUUUCUUAUGGUGCCAUUGGGGUAGAAUCCAAUGAAGUUAUUCAGGUGAACGCUUUCAAGUUGGAUUUUACUAGAAUGAUUUGGAUUAGAGUGACAAAUCUAAUGGGCCAAGCCAUUUUCUUCAAUGGACACUAUGCUAUUUCCUAUGCAGCAUCAUCUGAGAACGGAAUAGAAUGUGAUAGCAUAUACUUCAUAGCCGAUGAAGACAACUGCUGCUUCUACUGUUUCAACAUGAAAGACUGUCAUCUAAAGGUUAAUUCACCUUGUCCAACUUUACCAACAUCUCAGAGUUCUCCAAUGUUUUUGAUGCCCAGAUCUAACAUCAGGUUAACCAGCAACCAUGAACCGGUGGAGAAUAAACCCUCUAAAGAAAAGCAAGGUGCUGAGAGUAGUAAGAAAAUUGACGAAAAAGAAGAUAGUAUGAAAGAAACUGAGGUAGCCACAACAAAAUUUCAUGGCCUUCCAAUGGGUGUUCUGCAAUUGAUUUCAAAUUUCCUAAACCUGUUUGACCAUAUGAGAUUUCGGGCUGCUUCAAGGGAUUGUUGGUUGGCAGUUCCUUCACUCAAGAGGAAACAAGCAUUAGAAAAAUUGGAAGGCUCCUCUUUAUUUCCAUGGCUCCUGUUUCCUAGCAACGAUAUGACACUUCACAAUUUUCUUGAUUCAAAGCAUACCUGUAGAUUUUUUAUGACAGUUCCAGAAACAUUAGCGAAAGCUCAGUUGCGUUUUGUAAAAGAUGGUUGGCUGAUGAUGUCUGAUUGCGAGAAUGUAAUUCUUUAUUAUAAUCCGUUGACCAAGGCUACACUUGACUUACCAGGUGAAGUACCCCAUCGAUUUACUAUUUCUGAUGUCAUGGGUUUCUCAACUCUUCCUACUUCUCCAGAAUGUCUAGUUGUGGGGUUCGAACAAGGUUUUGAAGGUAUUGGAGUUAUCCUUGGUAUUAAAGCAGAGGAAGAAUGGCAUACCUUUUUUUUGGAGUGUGAAUUUUUGAUGAAUCAAAGUUGUCCUCCUGUUUUUCAUGAUGGAAAUUUCUAUCUUUUGGGUAAAGAAGGAAAUUUGCUAGUCUUUAAGUAUGAAGUGCAAGGGGUUGGCAUUUGGGAAAAUAUUCACUGGAAUGUUUUUAACAAUCCAACACCCUGUGAAUCUUACCAACUAAGUUACAUAUUAGAAUGGGAUGGACAAGUUACGUCAGUCUUUGUCGGUCACACAGGAAAAUGGGUUCAAGUUUUAAAGUUGAAUUCAACCACCAUGAGCUGGGAAAGUGUAGAAAGCCUGGGAAAUUACACUUUUCUAGUUAGCCGAUUAUCGUGUCUUGCUAUAGAGACAAGGAUCAUGGGUAUGCACAAUAGGAUUUAUUUUCCUCGAGUUCAUGGCGAUAAUAUUUUGUAUUUUUCUUUGGAAACAAGAAAAUUUCAUUACGAUGGACAAGGCUGCUACUUGGAGAACUUCCACAACACAAAGGAGCAAUUACUAGCUGGUUGGUUUGAUCCUAGAUAUUUUUUUUGA